AUGGAAUUGGAAUGGUCACCUUUCUUCGCAAAUGUGGGUGGAGUGCCGGUGAGUGGCAGUUGUGCCAGGUUGCAGCCAGCUGUGCAGAAGCUUGCUGACGACUACUUCAACUGGCGAAUGAAAAAUAAGCCUGAGUUUGCUUCCUUUGUUGGCAUCCAUGACUAUGACGACCAGCUGGACGACAUGUCUCUAGAAGCCUACCAGGGCCGCUACGACCAGUGCCAGGUGUUCCUCGACCAAGCUGAGGCUCUGGAGAGCAACAUCACCGACCAUGACAACCUGAUCAACAUUAGGGCCCUCAAGAACGAGCUGAUCACCUACAUGGAUGGCUUCCCCUACCAAGGCUUCCUGGUGCCGUUGUCCUAUAGCGAAGGAAUCCAUGUGGACUUUGAGCGUCUGAUCACAUGGAUGGUGUUUAAGACCAGUGAUGAUUAUGAGAAUCUUUUGUCUCGCUACAAGAAACUGCCUGAACAGCUGAAGCAAAUCCAGACGUUGAUGGAGAUGGGCGUGACUACAGGCUAUGUCAACCAUGCUAUCUCCAUGGUGAGUAAAAGUCCUAUCUCUUCAGUACAGCACCAACUGUAAUGAAAGGAUGGAGGAUGAAGGACCCUGGCAACCCUCCUUUUCCAGCACUGUCUCUCAACCCCUUCCGUUCAUUAUUAGACU